GUCUCGAAACUGCUGAGAUAUAGGAACCUUGCAGUAUUUGGCGCUUCAUAUAUCUGGACGUUUCAUAUCUCGUAUGAAAGUUUCCAAUAUCUCAGUUUUGAGGCUUUGCAGUCCCCCACCCCAGUUUGCCUUCUUAGGAUAAUGGUACCAUCAGCAGAUGAUGGGCUCAUCAUCGUCUCCAGCAGUAGGGAUGCUGCAUUGCUAAGUUUUGGGGAGGUUUUUGUUUCUUUUUUGUCUCCAAUAUGUCAAAAGCUUGGAGAGUUGGAUAGGAGGAGCUCACAAGUGCCUGGCUCUUAAAGGGCUGUUCCAAGCUGUACAGAAAUAGGUUGUUGAAGGGCAGAGAAGUGUCUGGAGACGUCAAGAAAAAUUAAAGGUGAUGGAGCGACUUCGCGUUCUGAUGCGAUGCUCCCUUCCAUCUUGCCAUACCACACGUGUGUCUAGCCUAAGCCUGUCGUUCUCAUGCAUUUUCCAGAGGAUCCCGGUCUCCCAUAAAGUGAUCGAGAAAAGGAGAAGGGACCGGAUCAACCGCUGUCUGAACGAACUCGGAAAGACAGUGCCAAUGGCUUUGGCAAAACAGAGUUCCGGCAAGCUGGAGAAAGCGGAGAUCCUGGAGAUGACCGUCCAGUACCUGCGGGCCCUUCACUCUGCAGAUUUCCCUCGGGGGAGAGAAAAGGAGCUUCUAGCUGAAUUUGCCAACUACUUUCACUAUGGCUACCACGAGUGCAUGAAGAACCUAGUUCACUACCUGACCACAGUGGAGAGAAUGGAGACCAAGGACACCAAGUACGCCCGGAUCCUGGCUUUCCUGCAGUCCAAAGCUCGCUUUGUCACCGAACCCAUCUUUUCCUCACUGGGAUCUCUCCCAGAGCCAGACUUCUCCUAUCAGCUCCCACCAGCUCCAGACUGCUUGGGCCACAGCCCCAAUGACCCUGUGUUCCAGCAGGGAUCUGGACACAGCCCUUUUUCCUGGCACAGCUCCGCUAGGAGUCCCACUAUCCCCUACCUCCCCAAUGCUCCUGUGCCCCUCACUGGCCCCGGGCAGCAGCGCAGCACCUUCUUGUCAUCCGUGCAAAGUCUGGACCGCCACUACCUCAACCUAAUUGGCCAUUCCCACCCCAACACAUUCAGCCUGCCUUCUGGCCAGCAUCCUUCGGUGCUAUAGCCUACGUCUGGUGUUGCCAGCUGGUUGUCCAAAAGGGUCCCUGUGUCUUAAAGAGCUGCCAGAGAGAGAGAAGUGUAUGGCUUUUGCCUUCCCGGUGUUGCCAUGCCAUUGACCUUCUCCACGUCUUGCAGUUCCUAAAGGCCCAAAAUGCCUUCCAAGGCCAGGCAGUGCUGAGCUCACCUGUGCGUAUUACCUAUUUAUAUUAUUUCAAGAGAAUAAAUUAUCUGGCCUCCUUCCACAACUGUAAAUAGAUAUGAAAUUAACGGUGGAGUGAAAUAAAGAUAUACUUCUGGAAAAAGGUUCAGCCUGA